AUGGCCUGGCAGAAAGCAGGCAUAUCUAAGGUGAGAGUAAUGCAUGUUGUAUUGUGUGAGGUCAACCUAUGCACUGUGUACCUGUGGCAUUAUUCGUCCUAUCUAUAGCCUGUCUGCAUGGGUUAAUGUAGUUGAAUGAAGUCCUAUCUCUCCGCAGCCAGGGGUGCCAGCAUUCACUGUGAGGCAGCCAGCUAGGCCCAUGACUGUUCUACAGGACAGAGCCAAAGAGAUAGGGGUGAGUCACUGGGGCUUUUUCUCCUGGCUUUGGCAUAACACAAGUAGAUUUGCAUUGAUUUUGCUAUGCGUUUGUUUGAGUGCGUCCAUAUUUUACAUGCUGAGUUGACCCCCUCUCCCCUGUCUUGUGUAGUGGGUGUGUCCAGAUCUGGAGCAGUAUGAAGUUGGGGCUGGCCCUCUGUUUCUGGGCCUGGCUGGACAACAGCAGAGCUACACCGCUACACCGCUACCGACAGUCUGGUGUGUGUGUGUGGAUGUGUGUGCGUGUGUGUUAGAUUAUAACUCGCAAAGUAUGACAAUGUUAUUCUAGCUAGUGUGGGAACGUAUUUCUCAAAAUAACAGUACACAUUCCAAUUCUGAUGAGGUUCAGUGACUGUGGGCCUCUGCUUCCUUGCAGAUGACCAUCUCGCUACACCAGUAGUGGAGAACAGGCUGGUCUCCCAGGCAGCAGCCUUUCAGCCCAGCACCAUCAUGGUCAAAGGUCAAUAGCAUAUUGUCACCCAUGAAACAUCCAGAUAGUCCCUGCCUAACCUAAUGUAGUAGACAUAAAAUAAAAGCCUGAGUCGGGUCACCAGAUCCGGUUUUCAGGGGAAAAGGAAGAUAGGAAGAUGGAAAGAGACUAUCCCUGAAAACUGGAGAUUUACGGUUAAUACCGACCCGCUGUGGGUGGUCCCUGCCUGGCCUCUAGGGGGCCCUCAGGCUUUUCUACAGUAGCGUUUAUUGGUCAAACGAUUGUGUAACUGUAGGAAAUAGUCACAUUGCACCAAACAUCUGAGAUUUGACGCUCACAUUGAUCUGAUACAAAAUUGUGUGAAAAUUAUCAUCCAUACAUUUUACGGUAAGAUUUGAGUGUGUAGUUCUUUGAUAGACAGCAUCUCUGAGUCGGCCUAUUCACUGUGUGCCUGUGGUCAGAAUACUGCUGUUCAAUGCCACAGGGGAGAGGGACUCUACUGCCAUGCUAAAACUCCUAGUGGUGAGUACUACAGGUCUGGGAUCAGAUACACAGAUACUGCUGUGUGCUGCUCCACUCUGCAGCUCUGGCCAGGAUCUGACUCUUGUACAGAACCCAAAGAAGCACAACACAGAUCAAACACUGAAAUAGACUAAAUAUCUCAAAUCCCUUUGUUGUCCUUUGAUUUGACUAUGUUUGUCCCAACAUCACUGAAACUAUUACAGAAAACAAUGCAGGUGAGUUAUCUUCUCUGUCAGGGCUUCUCUGUCUGGGGUUUUAAGACAGGUUGGUGCAAAGAAAUUAAAAUGUACUGGAGUAUAACUGCCACAACAAAUAUAUGAUUACACAAGUUGGAAUAUUUGUUUUCUUCGCUGUGUAGAAAAAUAUGCUACCACAUUCAUUGUCCAGCUGUGAGAAAUGUCUUAGAUGUGUGGGUGUGCAGUCCUUUACUCUCUUUGUGUGCUCUGCUCUUUUACAGAUCAGCAGAAUUUCAAUAUGUUGGUGGAGAACAUGCUUACCCGUUGCCUGGACAACGAGAGCAGCUAG